GUGACAAUCAUCCGACUCGGUGUCAUAUAUGACGUCAGUUACAAAGAGAAUUGCAUUUGCAUUGGACAUCGGAUAUGAGAAGCGAUAAAUCAGAAGAAGACGUUCCACCGGAGGAAGAAAAAUGCGCACUAAGAGAAGUGAUCGUUGAAGAACCAGAAGCUAGUGAAGAUUCCAGUGAAGACUAUUCAUCAGAGGAAGAACGAAAACAGAAAAGCCCAAGCAUGACAUUCCUCCAGAUACUGGCAUAUCCAGAAACUGGUAAAAUAUAUAAAGACUGGAAAUCAAACCGCCACUGUCGUAGCUUUAUGUGUCUCAAAGACCAUGAUCUUUCUACUGAGAUCAACCAAACGGCUAUACAGGAAAUCGGAGGUCUAGAAAUCCUGAUAAACCUCCUCGAACCAAAGACCUGAAAUGCAAAAUAGGCGCUUUGGAGGUGUUGACGGAGCUCCUCCCACAAUCCGGACAUCCGCAGAUGUAUCGCUGAUUUGGGCGGGAUCCGCUGUUGGUGAAAAACCUCACGGAACCUGCCAGAGAUUUGCAGAUUCUCGUCGCCGAAACUAUAGCGAACGUUGCGCAGAUAAAGAAAGCUAGGAAGGCUGUGAGGAAGUGCUAUGGCAUUUCAAAGUUGGUGGACUUUUUGGAUGUUAACGAGGUCUAUCUCAAAUCGCCUCC